UGAAGAAUGGCGGCGGAUCAGAUCUCUGACACACAACAGCGUUUCUGCACUAAACACGGUGCAAAGUUACGCCGAUGGCGUCGCUCGGGUUGUUGAGGACACCAUCUCUCUUAUUUCUUCAGCGCGGGACGAUAAAGGGGAAGUGGAAGACUGUCACACCCUGAUGAAAAGAUGGGCUUUCGAAUCUACAUUUUUUCUGGCUGUGGACAAGAGACUUGGAGCUCUGGAUCAUUGUUUUGAUGCCCACUCAGCGGCAGGAAGCCUGAUUGCCAAAAUCCAUGAAGCCUCUUGCAUACAUGAUACCCUGACUACAAAUUUCCCUUAUUAUCUCUACAUUCCAACGCCCGCCUGGAGACGCUUCGUCCGCAGAGGAGACGAAGUAUUAAGCUUGCUGUUACCACUCAUUACGGAAGCAGCGCAAAGGGCUCUUCAAGAUCCGAUCAAGAAAAACUCUACCCUCAUCGCCUCUCUACAGCGCGACGGAAAGUUGAGCUUUAAAGAAAUAUUCACAUUCAUCUUUGACUUCAUUAUAGCGGGCUCAGAAACGGUUGCUUCUGCUGCGACAUAUUGCUUGUACUGCCUUGCAAUGAACCCAGUCGCUCAGCAAAGAGCCAGACAAGAAGUUCAGUCCAUUUCUAAGAGCGAGGAGAGCAGUGAAGUGAGAUUGAAGUAUACAGAGCUUUCUUAUGUAAAGGCCUGUAUUCGUGAAUCCCUUCGGCUCUACCCUACUAUAUCCGGAGUUCACCGCAAAUUGGAUCACGACGUUGUGAUGUCCGGCUACCUGAUACCAAAAAACACCGUCUUGCGGACUGAAAUGUUCGUCAGUGGAAGACUGGAGGAGAACUUCACAAGAGCUUCUGAAUUCAUACCAGACCGUUGGCUUCGUGUAAUCGGCGGCCGGGUACCCGAAGCUCUGGAAAAUUGGGCGAUGCACCCUUUCGCUUCCCUGCCAUUCAGCACUGGUAUACGGAUGUGCAUUGGAAGAAGGAUAGCCGAACUAGAACUCUCUAUUCUUAUAGCCAAGAUAUUGAAAGAAUUCAGAGUGGAGAACCACCAUGGGGACAUAGGCUUCCUCUCACAGCGUACGAGUCGGCCAGAAAAGCCGCCUAGGUUCCGUUUCAUUAAACUGGAGUAGCAAAUGCGUUAGAAGCCAUUUCUUGCUUGUCAAGACGAACUGUAAUAAAGAGGGUUGCAAAG